AUGGCGAGUAAUUCACCCUCACAUAAAGACAAACUAACAGUGAAUAAUGAUUGUUCAGAUAAAAAUAGCAGUAUUAUGAACGGACCUCAAAAUCAAGUGCGUCGUAAAUCUGGAAUGCUAUUAGAACUUCGAGAUCACGAUGAGGAUGAUUUUGGACCUGAAUCAGUAAACUCUUCCAGAAGACCUUCCACAGCUUCCUUAUCCCGGUACAGAUCAUGUCCACAGUUAGCAUCAGCAUUAGUCAAAGCUGAAUCGCCCGGAAGUGACACAAUGCAAACAAUUGAGGAACCAAAUGACGAUAAUGGAAUAAACGCAACUUGCAAUUUCCACUUCGCAGAUGAGUCAGACAGAUCAACCACUCCAACACCACCAUCGACUCCAGGCAGUAGGCGUAGUAAUAGAUCGUUUCAUGAUCGAUCUCCUUCCGGUUGGGACCCAUCAUCCCCGAGUUCUACACCCAAGUUAAACAGACGGACUCGGAAAGACAACAAAUUUGAUCGCCUGCCUUCCACUGACAGUACUUCAAGGGAGGUAAAUCUAAGAUUACCUUUACGUGAGGACAAUAAUUUAAAAAUGGAUAAAAGUUAUAAUCGUGAUUCGAAAACUUUCUCCGAUCUUUACGACAGUCCACCGGAAGUCAGUAUUGAUUAUCGGUUCAGUGAAACGUCAGAUGAUGACUCUGUUCGUUAUCAUGGACAUAAUCACGUAACCGACGACGGUCAUGACAAAUGUGAGCGUUGGUUACAGACCCUAAAAUUGAGCAGUGCUGAUAAAAUUAAAUCGAGAAGUCAAAUGCAGCUUCCAAAAAUGUGA